ACGUCAUAAAGGUUACCUUACAUUAAUGAAUUUAUUUUUUGAAAAUGAAUGAUACUAUGAAUAAAAUUUUCGUUGUAAGGGAUGCAACCGGAUUCCAGAAAAUUGUCAACACUGCAAUUUAUUCUGACAAGAAUUCUAUGGUCCGCAUAAAAAAAAUGAUGAUUCCUGUAACAUUUUUUUUAGAAAAAGCUCAAGCAGGUUGUACAUAUAUUUUUGAUGAAAAUGGGGAGCUGCGUGUUUUAAAAGAAAAUGAGAGAUAUUCAUGGAAAGAUUUAAAGAAUCUGGAUGCUACUGAUUUAGAUGAAAAUGAGGGUACGCUGUUAAAUAGCGACAUUGAAAUGGCACAAUUGUUAACAAGUGAGGACAUUGAGUAUAUGAAAAAUAGAGGUAUGAAUGUGUUGCAAAUCCAUGUCUUUGAUUUUGCUGUCGUUCCCUUUACAAUGGUUUUUAUAGGUGAUGCACCCCAAGCUAUAAUUGAUGCUCUUAUCCAGAAUAGUGAAACAUUUCAAUUAAAAAACACAUUUUCAAAAGAAAAAUACAUCAAAAAAAAGAAACAAAAGUAUAUGAAACAAAUAACGUGCUUACCUGUUACUAUCAUGGACGUGUGUGAAACGUAUAUAAAACAAGAUUUUAAACGUGUUGGAGGGUUGAGAUUUGAUUAUCUAUCAGCUAUGCUAACUGCUGCUGAUAUACAGCCGACCCGUCGUGUUCUUGUGAUAGAUCAAUCUUCUGGCUUACUUUCGGGAGCAAUUUGUAAACGUUUGAGUGGUGAAGGAAGUGUCAUUCGGGCAUAUGGUAAAGGAUUAAGUUCUUUUAUAAUGAGUCAACUAGACCUAUCAUUGCAAGAAUUGAGUGUAUUACAAGAAUUACCAUUAUCUUUUUUAAAUGAAAUAUCAAGCAAAAAUGAAGCCGAAGUUAUAAACGCGUUACAAAAUAAUAUAGAGUCGCUGGAAAUGAGUCUCUUUGGUCGUCGAAUUCAGGAAGAAGAAAAACUUUCACAUGCUCGUUAUAGUUCAGCUAAAAAUUUGGUUGAGCAACCUGUGGACGCAAUUCUUGUUGCACUGUCGCCUGGUUGUAACGAAGUAGAAUUUAGCAUAAGCCAUGUAGCAUCCAUUGCAACAAAGUUAAGCCAACAUUUUCUUAAACCAGACGGGCGGUUUGUAUUCUUUUCUUUGAGUCAUACACACGCGUUUUCAGUCCAACAAGAUUUAAUAAAUUUCAAAUCAUUUCUUGAUAUUACAUUUGAAGAACUAUUUUUAAGAGAAUUUGUUGUUUUAGAAAAAAGAACACACCCUAUUAUGAAGAGUGAAUCACGUCUUUUUUCUGGAUUUUUAGUUUCUGCUAUUAAAAUUGUAUUAGAUGAUGAAUAAAUGCGAAAAUAAGUAGAGACACUUACAAUUAUAAUAAAUAACAAAAUUUAUCUAUACCCAAGGCAUCCAUCC